AUGUCUGCACCAAAGAAGUACUAUAUUAUCGGCCAGGGCAUAUCACAGAGCCUGUCCCCAGUCAUUCACAACACGGGAUUCAAGUACCAUGGCCUUCCUCAUCAUUAUGAGAUCCAAGAAUGCUCAGAUCUGGAUGCUGUGCGCCCGUUGAUGGAGGAUCCUGCCUUUGGGGGGUCUAGUAUUACCAUGCCCUACAAGCUGAGCGUAUCGGAGUUUUGUGACUCGACUUCUGACUCCGCUGCCACGAUUGGUGCUAUCAAUACUCUAGUUGUUAGGCACGGGCCGGGCCAGCGAAGUGUCCAUGGUGACAAUACCGACUGGUACGGGCUUUACUGCCUGGUCACCGAGUAUCUGAUGCAAAAUCCACUCGACACGCCGGUCGGUCUUGUCAUUGGGGCAGGAGGCGCUGCCCGAGCUGGUGUCUAUGCGUUGAUCCGGGCUGGAGUUAAACGCGUCUAUCUUGCCAAUCGCACUCUGGCGACGGCACACAAGGUCGUGCAGGAUUUUCGGUCUUUGGGCGAUGUCAUCCCCGUGAGAUUUCCUCCUCGACUUUCGGAGACUCCCGACCUCAUUAUUGGGACAGUUCCAGGACAGGCUUACCCGACUGAAUUCUUUCUUGAUUUGUUUCAGAAAAGACGCGGCCUAUGCAUUGAGAUGUCGUACAAGCCUCGCGUUACAAAUCUGCUAAGCCUUUCUCUGAAGCAGAGUGGCUGGAUGUCAGCCGAUGGAUUAGAGGUCCUCCUCAGGCAGGCAUUUGAACAGUUUCGCAUCUGGACAGGCCUGGAGCCGCCGGAGGCCGUCAUGCGGGAAGCAGUGGCCCAUGAGAUUAAGAGAAGAUAG